AGACGGUGAGUUGUCCGAGUUAGUAAGGAAUAACACACCACACCCAGUGCAACAUUUGCAAAAAUAUGGCCAUACGCAUUACAAUUAUCUUAUUGAUUUGUGCUGCUGGCUGCGCCUUGGCACAAUUUUCCGACGAGAAUGUACCACACAGAGGAACAAAUGCACCGAGGCGAUUUAAACCACAAACUCCUCGUAUCACACCCACAGCACAAUCAGUUUUUGUCAAUCAGAGAUUCAGAAGGCCAAUACCCCUAAAGUCACGUCCAACGACGUCAUCAGAAAUCACCUCAGACGUUUCACUCUUCACUCCAGGUGGAGGAGGACGGGGACUUCGGCCUCAAGCCCUAUCCAAAGCCGUCACUAGUGACAGUGAAGAAGUUCAGUCGCAACAAAAUUCCAACUCGGAAAUAAAACCAGUUAGUGAAGACAACGAAAGGGAGGAAGAUCUCGUGGAAGUGAUAUCGAACUUGGGAGCAGUCUCAAGCUUCCCUUCCACCUCCAGUAAUCUCGUGACGCCUGCGCCACAGCCAUCCCCGGUCCAAUACCGCCCCCUUCCAGCAAUUUCUGUAACAAGGCCCACUCCCACUCAGGAACAAAAUAUCGCCCCGGUUCAGUAUCGUCCACACAAACAAAAGCCGCAAAAGGCGACUGAGGACAUUCCGGAGGGUCGAUCUGCAUUCGAACAUACUUCAGUUCCAUAUAGACCCAAGCAGCUGAAGCAACAGAAAUUGACUGAAGAGGUUCCAGAGGCUCGAUCAUCUCAUGAUCACUCUUCAGUUCAGUUCAGGUUUAAGCCACAGAAGUCCCAGAAGGUGGCGGAAGACGUUCCGGAGAGUCGAUCUGCGUUCGAUCAGACUGCUAUUCAGUACAGGUCUAAACCGGUGAAACAGCAAAAGUAUGUUGAUGAUGCACCGGAAAAUAGACCAAACCAGAGAACAAGGCCUCAGAUUCCUGUUCAGAAACAAACGGCUGAGACUGAUUAUUACACUUCCAGGUUAAAGAAACCUGUGGCGCAGGUGAUCAGACGUUAUCGGGAGGAAACAGAUGAUGGUUCCAUUGUCUGGGGAUUCGAGAAUGACGAUGGAUCUUACAAAGAGGAAGUUAUCGGAAUCGACUGCAUAACUCGAGGAAAGUACGGAUACGUCGAUCCUGAUGGUCUUCGUCGCGAGUACACGUACGAGACUGGUAAUAAAUGUGAAGAAGAGGAACAGCAACAAGAUGACAUCUUGAAUACUUUUGUAGACUACCAAGAAAACAAACUUGUUCUCCCUAGUGGAAAAACCAUUGAUUUGUCCACUAUGGGCAAAAAGCAACUGCGCAGACCUCAGUUCAAUUACAGAAAUUGAAAUUUCUUUGCUCACAUUUGUUUUAUCUAGCUAGGAUCUUUUUGUAAAAAAA